AUGCAGCACGAUCGCCGAAACCACAAAGCAGAGGUACUCAAGAACAACAGCCAUGGGAACAAUAACCAACAAGACAAUGCCACUCUCCUCCAUCCAGAGCCCAUACUGUGUGACAUAGGGGAGUUUCACUGCCAUGACCAGGUGACCUGUGUCCCAGAGGGCUGGCUAUGUGACAGGGAGCCAAACUGUCCAGAUACCUCGGAUGAAACACAAGACGGAUGUGCGGGGGACGUGGUGGUGAGAUGUCCCCUGAAUCACAUACAGUGUAUAGGGACCAGGAAGUGCAUUCACUUCAACAAGCUCUGCAACGGAGCAAUAGAUUGUGAGGAUGGCUUCGAUGAAGGAGUUCACUGUAGAGAGCUGCUGUCAGCCUGCCAUGAGCUGCGUUGCCGCUACGGCUGUGUCAUGACGAGAAACGGCACCUUCUGUUUCUGCGCUGACGGCUUUGAGGUCAGCGAGGAUGGGACAAGCUGCAGAGAUUAUGAUGAAUGUGCUGUGUACGGAACAUGUAGCCAAACCUGCCUGAACACCUACGGCUCAUAUAGAUGCAGCUGUACAGAGGGAUACAUCUUACAGAAUGACAGAACAUCCUGCACAGCCAAACAAGACCCUGGCGACUCUCCUCCAGCUCUACUGAUUGGAAGGUCAGAUUGCAUAGCAACCACACGAUUAAAUGGAUCUAAUCUACAGACCUUGAAACUGUUGGAUGAAAAUGGAUACCUUUCAUUGGAUUACAAUUACCAGGAAAAGGAAGUGUGUUGGCUUCUUUCCUCAGACUCCCUCAGACGGCUACGCUGUGCUAAAAUGAAGAAUCUGAAUGGAUUUACAAUGGAAAUGGAUAUCAAAACAGUACAAAGUUUACAAAGUAUGUCUUGCAGUGUGUCAAGUGGUCAAAGAUAUUCUCCAAUUUACAAUGAUUGGCAACUAUUGAUUUUUUUUGCACACUCAGUCAUGCCCCUUCAGAAAGCCUUAAAACGCUCCCGGUCUCUCUCUUUCUCUCCUUCUUCCUCUCUCUAUGUCUCGCUCUUCUCAAUGUCCAUUUUCCUCCCCCUUCAAGCAACCACAUGCACCCACAGCACUUAUGUAGAACACAUGACCAUUGAUUGGCUCACUGGAAACUUCUACUUUGUGGACCAUGUAAGCGACAAGAUAUUUGUUUGCAGCCAUGUUGGGGACACCUGCAUCACCAUCAUAGAUUUAGAUCUGACCAAUCCUAAAGGAAUCGCUGUGGAUCCUCUUAUGGGGAUGCUGUUCUUCACUGACUACGGAGACGUAGCCAAGGUGGAGCGCUGUAACAUGGACGGCACCAACCGAACCAGGCUGGUGGAUUACAAGACAGUACAACCCACAGCCGUGGCCCUGGACCUGGCCAAGAAGCUGGUGUACUGGGCAGACGCCUACUUGGAUUACAUUGAAGUGGUGGAUUACAAUGGGAAAAACAGGCAUGCAGUCAUCCAGGGCAGUCAAGUGUCCUACAUCCAUGGAUUAGCUGUCUUUGAGAACUACCUGUAUGCCACUCAUUCUGACCCCUCCAAUGGGAAUAUCAUGGAAAUCUUCAAGAUUCAUCGGUUUAACACCACAGAACCCAGGACACUUACCAGCCUAGGGAGUUCCAGAGGAGCAAUACGGGUUUACCACAGACUCACUCAGCCAAAAGUUAGGAGUCACGCGUGUGAGACGGACCCGUAUGGAAAGCAAGGGGGAUGCUCCCACAUCUGUCUGCUGAGCGGUAGCUACAAGUCCAGGACCUGUCGAUGUCGGACAGGCUUCAGUCUGGAGAGUGACGGACAGUCCUGCAAAAAACCCAAGAACGACCUGUUCCUGUUCUAUGGUAAGGGUCGGCCAGGGGUCAUCCGAGGCCUGGACAUGAACGUGAAGUCCAGUGAUGAGCACAUGGUAUCGAUCGAGGACCUGGUCAACCCCAGAGCCAUCGACUACCAUGCAGAGUCAGGACACAUCUACUUCGCUGACACCACCAGCUUCCUCAUUGGCCGGCAGAAAAUAGACGGGAACAGCCGGGAAACGAUACUCAAAGAUGACCUGGACAACGUUGAGGGGAUCUCUGUGGACUGGAUUGGUAAUAACCUCUACUGGACCAAUGAUGGGUACAGGAAAACUAUUAGUGUGGCCAGACUGGAGAGGGCCUCUCAAACCAGGAAGACUCUUCUGGAGGGGGACAUGUCUCACCCCCGAGCCAUUGUAUUGGACCCCCUCAACAGUUGGAUGUAUUGGACGGACUGGGAGGAGGAUGAGGUGAACGACAGCAUAGGAAGGAUAGAAAAAGCGUGGAUGGAUGGAUCUAACAGACAGAUAUUUGUCACGUCUAAUAUGCUGUGGCCUAACGGCCUUACCCUAGACCAUGGGACCAGCACCAUGUACUGGUGUGAUGCCAACUACGAUCACAUAGAGAAGAUCUACCUCAACGGCACUGGCAGACAGGUUGUGUACAAUGGCAAACAGCUGAACCAUCCAUUUGGGAUUUCUCACUACCGUAACUCCAUCUUCUGGACGGAGUACAUGAACGCUUCUGUUUUCCAACUGGAUCUAACCUCUGGGGACGUUACUCUACUAAGGAGUGAGAGGCCUCCCCUGUUUGGCCUGCAUGUGUACAAUGCUCAGAGUCAGCAAGGUGACAAUGCAUGCAGUGUGAAUUAUGGGGGAUGCGGUACACUCUGCCUCGCUAUCCCAGGGGGCAGAGUGUGUGCCUGUGCUGACAACCAGCUCCUGGAGAAGAACAAUGUCACCUGCUCAGUGUCGUCUGGGGUGAUGGAGCCACAGCACUGUAAGAGCGAUGAGUUUCAGUGUAGUAACCACCGUUGUAUCCGUGCGUCAUGGAGAUGCGACGGGGACGAUGACUGUCUGGAUGGGAGUGACGAGGAGAUCCAAAGCUGCUUGAACCACAGUUGUUCCAAUGACCAGUUCAAGUGCCUCAACAAUCACUGCAUCCCUAAGAGAUGGCUGUGUGAUGGAAUCAAUGACUGUGGGAACAAUGAGGAUGAGUCCAACAACACAUGUUCAGCCCAGGCCUGUCAGCCCAACCAGUUCUCUUGUCGGAACGGACGCUGUAUCCCCCUAGCCUGGCGCUGCGACCGGGACGACGACUGCGGGGAUAUGUCCGACGAGACAUCAUCCUGUGCAUUGCCGACCUGUGAACCACUCACCCAGUUCAGCUGUUCCAAUGGGAGAUGCAUCAGUGUCAAGUGGCAUUGUGACUCAGAUGAUGACUGUGGAGAUGGUAGUGACGAGGUGAGUUGUGUCCACUACUGCUCCAACACCCAGUUCCAGUGCUCCAGUGGGAGAUGUAUUCCAGACCACUGGGCCUGCGAUGGGGACGACGACUGUGGGGACUUCAGUGAUGAGAACACCACCUGUGGAGGGUCUGGAGCUGCAUUGCCUCCUGUGAUAGAGUGCAGUGGGGAUGAGUUCCACUGUACGGAAGAUGGUACGUGUAUCCCAGAGCGCUGGAGGUGUGAUGGGGACAAAGACUGCGAGGACGGUAGUGAUGAGGUGGCCUGUGAGGGCACCAAGAGGAUUUGUGACCCCAAGGCCAAGUUCACAUGCAAAGACACAGGAAAGUGUAUCACCAAGAGCUGGGUUUGUGAUGGCGAUAUCGACUGUGAGGAUCGUUCCGAUGAGGAUUCCUGUGAGGCAGCUGUCUGUAAGCCUCCAAAAUACCCCUGUGCCAAUGACACCUCCAUUUGCCUGCCACCAGAGAAGAUCUGCAACGGCAAGACCGACUGUGCUGACCAGUCUGACGAAAGGCCUUUCUGUGAUAAGUGUUUGGUGGCCAAGGUUGGCUGCAGCCAUCAGUGCACGGUGGUACCAGGGACGGGGGUGGUCUGCUCCUGCCCUCCAGGGCUCCACCUGGACUCUAACAACAGGACAUGUGAGGCGGUGGACUACUGCAGUAGGCAUCUGAAGUGCAGCCAGGUGUGUGAGCAGUACAAGACCACCGUCAAGUGUUCCUGCUACCCAGGCUGGAGGCUUGGCCCUGAUGGAGACAGCUGCCACAGCACAGAUCCCUUUGAGGCUUUCAUCAUCUUCUCUAUCCGGCAUGAGAUAAGACGGAUAGAUCUUCAUAAGCGAGACUACAGCCUGAUGGUGCCAGGGCUCCGGAACACAAUUGCGCUUGACUUCCACUUUAAUCACAGCCUGCUCUACUGGACAGAUGUGGUGGAGGAUAAGAUCUACAGAGGACGCCUCUCAGACUCUGGAGGUGUGACAGGGAUCGAGGUGGUUGUGCAGCAUGGGCUGGCAACUCCAGAGGGGCUGGCGGUGGAUUGGAUAGCAGGGAACCUGUACUGGAUCGACAGUAACCUGGACCAGAUUGAGGUGGCCAGGCUGAAUGGCGAUAUGAGGACCACACUGAUAGCUGGAUGGAUGGAGCAUCCACGGGCCAUCGCUCUGGACCCAGGACAAGGAAUCCUGUUCUGGACAGACUGGGACGCUAACUUCCCCCGUAUCGAGGCUGCUUCUAUGAGCGGAGGAGGACGACACAUUGUGUUCAAGGACAUGGAGAUAGGAGCCUGGCCCAACGGACUAACUCUGGAUCAUUUGGAGAAGAGAAUUGUCUGGACUGACGCUCGCUCUGAUGCCAUCUACUCAGCGCUGUACGACGGCAGUGGGGUCAUAGAGAUCCUGAGGGGACAUGAGUAUCUGUCACACCCCUUUGCUGUGUCCCUGUUCGGGGGCAGUGUCUACUGGACAGACUGGAGGACUAACAGCCUGGCCAGGGCCAACAAGUGGACGGGCCGUAAUGUCACAGUGAUCCAGAAGACCAGCGCUCAGCCCUUUGACCUACAGAUUUUCCACCCCAGCAGACAGCCACAAGCGUCUAACCCAUGUGAAGAGAAUAAUGGGCGUGGCCCAUGCUCACACCUGUGUCUUAUCAAUUACAACCGUACUGCAUCCUGCAACUGUCCACACCUCAUGAAACUGUCCCUCAACAAACAAUCUUGCACCGUGUUGAAAAGGUUCCUCCUGUACGUUAGGCGGUCAGAGAUCCGUGGUGUGGAUAUUGACAACCCUUACAUGAACGUCAUGACGGCACUGACUGUCCCAGACAUUGAUGAUGUCACCGUUGUGGAUUACGACACCCAGGAGGACCGGAUCUACUGGGCGGAUGUAAAAACACAGACCAUCAAACGGGCCUUCAUCAACGGCACCCGCCUGGAGACUGUCAUCUCUGGAGAUAUACUAAACUGCCGUGGGCUGGCGUUAGACUGGCUCUCUAGGAAUUUAUACUGGCUCAGCUCAGAGAAUGACGAGUCUCAAAUCAAUGCCGCUCGCCUGGAUGGUUCCCUGAAGACCUCAGUCAUUCAUGGGAUUGAUAAACCAAGGUGCCUUGUUGUGCACCCCACAAAGGGGAAAAUCUACUGGACAGAUGGCAACACGAUAAACAUAGCCAACAUGGAUGGGAGCAACAGCAAGGUCCUUCACCAGAACCAACGGGAACCAGUCGGUCUCUCCAUAGACUAUACAGCCAACAAGCUGUACUGGAUCAGCUCUGGUAAUGGCACUAUCAACAGGUGCAAUGUGGACGGCAGUGGUCUGGAGGUGCUGGAGAGCAUGAAGAGGGAGCUAACCAAAGCCUCAGCAUUGGCCGUUAUGGGUAACAAAUUGUGGUGGGCAGAUGAUGAUUCAGCCCAACUGGGGACUGUGAACAAAAGAGAUGGACGGACUCCUGUGGUCCUGAGGAAUAAGACCAGCGGAGUGGUGUACAUGAAGGUCUAUGACAGGGAGGGACAGAGAGGAAGGAACCCGUGUCAGGUGAACAAUGGAGGCUGCUCCCAGCUCUGCUUCCCCACAUCAGAGAACACCCGUAGCUGCUCCUGUACUGUGGGCUACAACCUGCGCACCGACCGAAUGUCCUGUGAGGGUAUUGAGUCAUUGCUGAUGUACUCCAUCCAUGAGGGGAUCAGAGGGAUUGCCUUGGACCUCAAUGACAACAUGGAGGCUCUGAUGCCCAUCACUGGGACCCUGUUCGCUGUGGGGGUGGACUUCCAUGCAGGUAAUGACACAGUGUACUGGACAGACAUGGGCCUGAACACAAUCUCCAGAGCCAAGAGGGAUCAGACCUGGAGGGAGGACAUCAUUACUACGGGAAUCAGCAGGGUAGAGGGCAUCGCAGUGGACUGGAUUGCUGGUAACCUUUACUGGACAGACCAUGGUUUCAACCUCAUAGAGGUUGCUCGUCUUAGUGGUACCUACCGUUGUGUAGUCAUCUCAGAGGGACUCGACCAACCUAGAGCCAUCGCUGUUCAUCCACAGAAAGGGUAUCUGUUCUGGACAGAGUGGGGCCAGAGCCCCUGCAUAGGGAGAGCCCGUCUAGAUGGGUCUGAUCAGGUCACCCUGGUCAACACUGGCAUUGCCUGGCCCAACGGGAUCUCCAUAGACUAUGAGGAAAAUAGAUUAUACUGGUGUGAUGCCCGCACUGACAAGAUAGAGAGGAUCAACCUUGAGACGGGUGAGAGCAGGGAGAUUGUACUGUCAGUGGCCAACGUAGACCUGUUCUCCGUGGCAGUGUUUGGAGCUUACAUCUACUGGUCUGACAGAGCUCACUCCAAUGGUUCCAUCCGACGAGGCUUCAAGAGUGACGGCAGCGAGGCAGUGACCAUGAGGAGUGGUCUGGGGGUCAACCUGAAGGAUGUGACAGUAUUUAAUAGAGGGCGGGAGAAAGGUACCAACCCAUGUGCCAGGAGCAAUGGGGGCUGUCAGCAGCUCUGCUUCCACCUGGGCAGUGGGCGUAGGACAUGUUCCUGUGCCCAUGGCCACCUGGCUGAGGACGGCUUUGCCUGCGAGCGAUACGAAGGCUAUCUGCUUUACUCUGAGAGGACCAUACUGAAGAGCGUCCACCUUUCAGACGAGAGCGACCUCAACUCGCCCGUCCAGCCCUUCGAGAGGCCCACCUACUUCAAAAACAUCAUAGCACUGACCUUUGAUUACCGCCAGAAAACCGCAGGAGGGACAAAUCGCAUCUUCUUCAGCGACAUUCAUUUUGGGAAUAUCCAGAUGAUUAAUGACGACUGGACAGGACGAUCAAUCAUAGCCAAAAAUGUGGGUUCAGUGGAGGGGUUGGCGUACCACCGUGCCUGGGACACUCUGUACUGGACCAGCUCUACCACCUCCAGCAUCACCAGGCACAGUGUAGACCAGAGCCGGCCCGGGACCUUCAGCAGACAGGCUGUGGUCACACUCUCUGAAGAUGACCAUCCCCAUGUCCUCGCCCUGGACGAGUGCCAAAACCUGAUGUUCUGGACUAACUGGAACGAGCAGCGUCCCAGUAUUAUGAGGUCCACCCUGGCAGGAAACAACAUGAAGGUGAUCGUCAGCACUGACAUCCUCACGCCUAACGGACUCACCAUCGACCACAAGGCUGAGAAGAUCUACUUCUCUGAUGGAAGUCUGGGGAAGAUAGAGAGGUGUGAUUACGAUGGCUUACACAGAUAUGUCAUCGUGAAGUCAGGGCCAGGAACUUUUUUUGGUCUGGCUAUUUAUGGGGACUUCCUCUUCUGGUCGGACUGGGCUCGCAGGGCCGUGCUACGAUCCAACAAGUACACAGGUGGAGAGACCAAGGUUCUGCGAGCAGAUAUCCCCCACCAGCCCAUGGGAAUCAUCGCUGUCACAAAUGACUCCAACAGCUGUGAGAUGUCCCCAUGCAGACUCAAUAACAGUGGCUGUGGUGACUUGUGUCUGUUGGCCCCAGAUGGAAGAGUCAACUGUAGUUGUCGGGGAGCACGUGUGUUAUUAGAUGACAACAGAUGCAUUUCAGGGAAUUCCUCCUGCAACAUCCACAAGGAGUUUGAAUGUGGGAACGGCGAAUGCAUCAACUAUCAGUUCACAUGUGAUGGAAUAGCGCAUUGCAAAGACAAAUCAGAUGAGAAAAUGCAAUAUUGUGAUAACAGGGACUGUAGGAGAGGCUUCAGGGCGUGUGACAACCAACGCUGUGUGGCCAACAGUCAUUUCUGCGAUGGGGUGGAUGACUGUGGGGACAACUCAGACGAGGCCUUCUGUAACAAUGUCACGUGUGCAUCUUUUGAAUCCUCAUGCCAGGAUGGGAGCUGUAUCCCCGGCUCAGCCUGGUGUAACCAGGUCAUUGACUGUGCUGAUGCCUCAGAUGAAAAGAACUGCAACAACACAGACUGCUCUGAAUUCUACAAACUGGGGGUGAAAGAGAAAGGCUUCAUCAGCUGUAAUACCACCUCCCUUUGUAUCCACCCCUCCUGGAUCUGUGAUGGAGCCAACGACUGUGGUGAUUAUGCAGAUGAGACCAACUGCCAGGCCCUAGUUUCCCAUGGGCAGAAGUGUGAAGAGGGCCACUUCGCCUGCCCCAGCGGUAACUGCAUCUCCAGUGUGUGGCUGUGUGAUGGACAGAAGGACUGUGAGGAUGGGGCAGAUGAGUUUCAGUGUGACUCCUCUUGCCUGUGGAACCAGUUUGCCUGUUCUAAGAAUAAGUGCAUCGCCAAGCAGUGGCUGUGUGAUGGAGAGAACGACUGUGAGGACGGACUGGAUGAGAGUGUGCAGAUAUGUGGUUUGGUAACGUGUGCUCCAGGGUUAUUCAGCUGCCCUGGGUCCUACGCCUGUGUCCCUAAACGCUGGCUCUGUGACGGGGAGAGAGACUGUCCUGAUGGCAGUGACGAACUGUCUGCAGCUGGAUGUGCACCCAACAACACAUGUGAUGAUAACUCCUUCCUUUGCCACAACGAAGCCUGUGUUCCCCAGCGUUUUGUCUGUGACCAUGAUGACGACUGUGGUGAUGGAUCUGAUGAGUCACUUGAAUGUGGCAAGUAGAUUUUGUACCGGCCCUGUGGACCUGAGGAGUUUCGCUGUGGGGAUGGUCGCUGCCUGCUCAGUGCUCAAUGGGAGUGUGACGGCUGCCCAGACUGUCCUGACCGAUCUGACGAGCUGCCCCUGAACCUCAAAUGCCUGGCCGCAGGGAGUCUGUGCAAUGGUUCCUUCUUCAUGUGUUCCAAUGGACGCUGCAUCUCUGAAGGGAUUCUGUGUGACAAGAAAGACGACUGUGGAGACCGGUCCGAUGAGAAGAACUGCAACGUGAACGAGUGUCUGAAUCGCAGAGUCAGUGGCUGUACACAGGACUGUCAGGAUCUUCCUGUUGGAUACAAGUGCAAGUGUUGGCCUGGAUUCCGGCUGAAAGAUGAUGGGAAAACGUGCGUGGACGUUAACGAAUGUUCCUCCAGCCUGCCCUGCAGCCAGCGUUGUAUCAACACCUACGGCUCCUUCAAGUGUCUGUGUGUAGAAGGCUACGAAGCCCUGGAGAGAAACCCCAACUCCUGCAAGGCUCUCUCAGUGGAGGAACCUUUUCUCGUACUGGCAGAUCAUCAUGAAAUCCGGAAACUAAGUGUGGAUGGAUCAAAUUACACCAUUUUGAAACAGGGCCUGAACAACAUCAUUCACAUAGACUUUGACUACAGGAAAGAGUUCAUCUACUGGAUAGACUCUUCAAGACCCAGCGGACGGAAGAUCAACAGAAUGAGACUCAAUGGGAGUGACCUUAAGAUAGUCCAUCGGACUGCGGUCCCCAGUGCACUGGCCCUGGAUUGGAUAGGGAAAAACCUGUACUGGUGUGACAUCGAGAGGAAGAGCCUGGAGGUGUCUAAAGCUAACGGCCUGUACCCCUCUGUCCUGGUCAGCACUGGUAUCAGGAACCCUACAGACCUGGCCCUGGAUCCACAGUCAGGGUAUGCAUUCUGGGUAGACUGCUGUGAAUCCCCUCACAUCAGUCGUGUGGGUAUGGAUGGUCGAGGGCAUGCUGUUAUCAUCGACAAAGAGAUCUACAGCCCCACUGCCCUCACUAUAGAUUACACCAACAAGAGGCUGUACUGGGCAGAUGACAACCACAUUCUGUUCGCCAACAUAGACGGCUCACAGAGACACAAAGUGUCCUAUGAUCACAUUCAGGGGGUGAUGGGUCUGACACUGUUUGAGGACUUUGUCUACUGGACAGAUGGGAAAUCCAAGUCACUCCGACGAGCACAUAAAACUACUGGGGCCCAAGGAAUUGAGCUGCUCAACUCCUGGCAAGCUAUCAAAUCUGUCAAGGUUUACCAUUCACUACGCCAACCUGAAGUGCCCAAGCACCAGUGUCAGGUGGCCAAUGGAGGAUGUAGCCACUUGUGUCUCCUUUCUCCUGGCGGGGAACACAAGUGUGCUUGUCCAACUAAUUUCUACCUUGCUGCUGACAACAAGACCUGCCUCUCCAACUGCACUGCAAGUCAGUUCCGCUGUGGAACCGACGAGUGUAUUCCUUUCUGGUGGAAGUGUGACACUGUGGAUGACUGUGGCGAUGGAUCAGAUGAGCCUGCUGACUGUCCUGAAUUCAAAUGUCAGCCUGGGAGGUUCCAGUGUGGCACUGGCCUCUGUGCUCUUCCUCCCUUCAUCUGUGAUGGAGAGAACGACUGUGGAGACAACUCAGAUGAGGCCAACUGUGAGACGUACAUCUGUCUGUCAGGGCAGUUCAAAUGCACCCGGAAACAGAAGUGUAUCCCUCUAAACCUCCGCUGUAACGGACAGGACGACUGUGGAGACGGAGAGGAUGAGACAGAAUGUCCGGAGAGUACAUGUUCCCCGGAACAGUUCCAGUGCAAGGCCUCCAUGCACUGCAUCUCCAAGCUGUGGGUGUGUGAUGAGGACCCGGACUGCACCGACGGGUCAGAUGAAGCUAAUUGUGAUGAAAAGACCUGCGGACCUCAUGAAUUCCGCUGUGAGAAUAACAACUGUAUCCCGGACCACUGGAGGUGUGACAGCCAGAACGACUGUGGAGACAACUCAGAUGAGCAUAACUGCAAGCCAGUGACCUGUAACCACAAGGACUUUGCCUGUGCUAACGGGGACUGCAUCUCCGCUCGAUUCCGCUGCGAUGGAGACUAUGAUUGCCCUGAUAAUUCAGACGAGAAGGACUGUGAGGCUCGAUGUGCUGAGGACCAGUUUCAGUGUCUCAAUAACCUCUGCAUCUCCCUCAAGUGGCUCUGUGACGGCCAAGAGGAUUGCAAGACAGGAGAGGACGAGAGGAACUGCCAGGGGACAGUGCUCCCCUCUUGCUCCCUAAAUGAGUAUGUGUGUGCCAGUGGAGGCUGUGUCUCGGCCAGUCUGAGAUGUGAUGGACAGGACAACUGUCUGGACGGAUCAGAUGAGGCGGGCUGCGUGAAAGAGUGCAAGGAAGAUGAGUACUUGUGUCUGAACCACGCCCACUGUAUCCCACGGAGAUGGUGCUGUGACGACGUGUUUGACUGUGUGGACCAUAGUGACGAGGAGAACUGCAGUCAAGGCAUCUUCUUCUGCCGUCCUGAUGAGUUCAUUUGCAAUAACACCUUAUGCAAGCUCCAUGCGUGGGUGUGUGAUGGCAAGGACGACUGUGGAGACAACUCAGACGAGGACACAGAGAUGUGUGCCAAACUUUCCUGUCCCCCCACACGGCCACACCGAUGCAGAAAUGACCGUGUGUGUCUGCGCCCUGACCAACUGUGUAACAAGGUUGACGACUGUGGGGAUAACUCGGAUGAGGAGGAAUGUGCAGAGGUGGUGUCUGGCAGACCCAGACGGUGUGGGAAGGCAGAGUUCACCUGUAGUACCCAGCGAUGCAUCCCAGCCCAGCUGCAGUGUGACCUCUUCAUUGACUGUGGGGACGGGGGAUCGGAUGAGCAGGACUGCAAGGCCUCUUCCAAUGGAGACAUAUGUGGAAAGAAAACAAACCCAUGUGGGGAGGAUGCAAUUUGCAAUCAGACAAACACAAAUGCAAUAUGUCAGUGCAAAUCUGGCUUCAGGAGGAAUCUGAAGACUGCCCAGUGUGAAGAAAUCAAUGAGUGUCUUGAGUUUGACACAUGUGCUCACUAUUGUACAAACACUAAAGGAUCCUACAAGUGUACUUGUGACAAGAAUUUCAAGGAAAUCAAUAGAAACUGUAUAGUAAAAGGACCAGAAGAUCGAGUGCUCUACAUAGCUAAUGACACUGAAAUCCGAAGUUUUGUGUAUCCGUUUAACCAGAGCCAUGGACACAAACUCCUCACUCGCAUCGAGGACAAUGCCCGCAUUAUUGGGAUGGAUGCUCUGUUACACCAACAAAAGGUUAUCUGGGCUACCCAGUUUAACCCCGGUGGACUUUUUUACAAAGAAAUCCUAGACAAGAGUCAAACUAAAACUAAUGUCGGAAACAUAUGUUCAGACUUCCGUAGACCGAGGGAUGUGUCUGCUGACUGGAUUACAGGAAAUAUCUAUUGGACAGACCAUUCUCGAAUGCACUGGUUCAGCUAUUACACAGCCCACUGGACUAAGCUCAGAUACUCUAUAAACGUGGGCCAGCUCAGAGGGCCAAAUUGCACCCGUCUGAUAACUGACAUUGCAGGAGAGCCGUACGCCAUCGCUGUCAACCCACCGCAAGGGAUGAUGUAUUGGACAGUAAUAGGUGAUCAUUCUCAUAUUGAGGAGUCGGCUAUGGAUGGGACUAUGCGUAGGAUAUUUUUGGAAAAGAACCUCAGGAGACCAACAGGUCUGGCCAUCGAUUACUUCAACCAACGUUUGUACUGGGCUGAUCCUGAGCUCUCCGAGAUAGGCAGUGUGAGAUUGGAUGGGUCGGACCCUCUGGUUGCAAUCAGGGACAGACACGGAAUAUCCCAGCCAUACAGGAUUGACAUAUUUGAAGACUACAUCUACGGGACUGGUCUAAAACAUGAAGUCUUCAGAGUUCACAAGUAUGGCAAACAGCCUGUGGAGUUUCUCCACUUGGGUCUCGAGAAAACGACCAAUGUCCUGAUCUCCCACCGAUAUAAGCAGCAAGAUGCGGUCAACCCGUGCCUGAGAAUGAACUGUGACUUCAUGUGUCUACUGAACCCAACGGGCGCCACCUGCACCUGUCCAGAAGGGAAGGUACUGGUCAACGGCUCUUGCAGUGAUGUCAACGUCUCAGGUGAGCUGUGUCGGCCACCGUGUGAGAACGGCGGGCGCUGCCUUGCCAAUGAGAAAGGGGACUGGCGCUGCUACUGCUGGCCUGACUUUUCUGGAGAACACUGUGAGGUCAAUCACUGCACCGACUACUGCCUCAAUGGAGGCACUUGCAUGGGCUCACCGCUGGGCAAGCCAACGUGUCGGUGCCCUGUAGGGUUUACAGGUCCAUUCUGUGAGAAGCGGGUGUGUGAUAACCACUGUCUGAAUGGUGGUACCUGUGAUGUCAGCUUAGGGAACCAGCCGGUGUGCCGCUGCAUGGCAGAGUAUACUGGAGACCGCUGUCUUUACCACAUCUGCCACCACUACUGUGUAAACUCCAAGGCCUGUACAUUGUCCAGUAGUGGCCAUGUAGAGUGUGUGUGUCCGGUCAGAUACGAGGGAAACAAAUGUGAGGUGGAUAAGUGCCUGAGGUGCCAUGGAGCACCUUGCCUCGUCAACGAUGAUACAGCAGAUGUGGUCUGCAACUGUACUAAUGGCAGGAUAGCACCCAGCUGUAAACUAUGUGAUGGCUACUGUUACAACGGAGGUACUUGCCACCUGGACCCUGACACCAACCUGCCCUUCUGUCAGUGUUCAGUCAAUUGGGCAGGCACACAGUGUGAAAGGCCCGCCCCCAAGAGCAGCAGAUCAGACAACACCAGUGGAGGGAGCAUAGCCAUCAUCGUACCUCUGGUCCUGCUGGUGAUCUUGAUCACAACGGUGGUGGCGGGCAUUUUCAUCUGCAAAAGAAGGCAGAGGGGGAAGAGGGUGACGAGGCAGCCCAUGACGAAUGGAGGGAUCAACGUGGAGAUAGGAAAUCCUACCUACAACAUGUAUGAGGUCGACCACGACAACCAUGCAGAUGCUGGCAGCCUUUUGCGACCAAACUUUACACUGGACCCUCAUAAGGGCUGGUGUGUGAAGUCCAGUGACCCUCGCACCCUGGGCAUACAUACUGUUCCCAAGGAGGUGAUACCUGGACAGCCCUUGAACUAUUCCAACCCAGUGUAUGCAAAGAUCUACCUUGACGGACAGAACUGUCGCAAACCGGUCAUCAACAUAGACGAAAGGAGAGGGCUACUCCCAAAGAAACUAGAGGGGACAAUUCGCGAAACCGCCGCAUAGCCUGACUACACUUUCUACUCCUUUUAUACGACAGUGUACAAAUGUAUAAAAACAAGGAAAAUAAGAAUUUUCUAUUUCCUAUCAGGCUCCUGUCCUUAGGUUUGUUGGUUUUUAGCAUCGGCAUUACCUCUUCAGUUGUGUGCUGAACACUUUGAUUUAAACAUUUUAGUUUCCAUUGUUUGCUUUCUGUUUGUCGAACAUUCGUUAUACAGCACUAUUUAGUAUAUACUGAAUGACACUGAAGUAAAGCUGCUGAUUUGCAAAAUAACAUAACUCCGGAACUCUUCUGUUGUAAACAAACGUCAAGAUUGAUACAGUACUUAUUUCUGAACCUGUAUAUGUCUGUCUCUUGUUAGGCCGGGAUUUAAUCAGAUAAAGCGUUAACCGGCAAUAGCCCACACCCACUUAGCUGAAGUUUUGUGUCAGAGGUGGAACUGUGUUGAAUUUGAAAUCAGUGAGCAGCUUCUCUUGUGAUCAUUGUCACAAAGCCAAAUUCAUCCCAUCCGUUCAGAACGAGAAAGUGUAGGCUAUAUAGAAAUAAUGACCUUCAAAUGAAUCAUCAUUAAACAAAAUAAUGAAGGUAGUCCAUCAGCCUCACAUUCCAGUGUUUGAACUUGUAAACAAGGUUGCAUGGGAUUUCUCUUCAUUUGACUCUGUGCAGCCAAUGGCAAUGUCCGCUUUGGUGUCGAUUGUGGAUUUUGACAGUGCUCACGCAGAUUCACCUCAGACACUGUCAAAAUAUCAGCUAUGCAGAUGUUGGCUAAAACAGAUCUAAUUUAAUUGGGGCCUCAGUGGAACCAACAACUUGUUAUUUUGGUGCAGUAUACAGAUCUAAAGCAGGUCUAUAUAUAUUUUUUCUGAAUAAAUUAUAUAUCUUAUAAAAACAAGAACAGUUUGAGAUUGGUCAAAGUUUUAUGUGCCAUGGUUUCCAUUGUCAUUGAUUUCCCCAGAACAAGAACUGUUAAUCUUCACAAUAACAUGUUAUAAUUUCAUGGCUUUAUACCUGAACAAUGAAGCUUGUUUUCUGUCCUUGUGUUUGUAUCGUUUCAUUCAGCCAAGAUGGAUACAAUCCAGAAGUGGCCAAGGUUAGUUUUAAGAGGAUUAUUUUCCGUUAACCAUCUAAUUCAGUUCUUUACAGUAUUUUAUCAUGUUCAUGUAAUAAUUCCAAACACAUAUAUUUGCUCUGCUACAAAUAGAAGAUAUUUUACUGAGGUGACUGAAAUGUAUAUUCCAUCUUAGAUGUUCUGCUUGGAUCACAGAAAUGAUUGAAACUCAACAUGAAUGUUAUGAGAAGAGAAUCACAGACAUCUGUAUUUUUGUAGGUCUCUUGUUCCAACAACAUAUCUGUAUCAACUUUACAGCAUAAGGAUGUGAACACGGUGAAUAAUUUAACACAACUCUAUUGCUACAAAGUGACUUUAGAUAAUUAUAAAGAUACUUUCUGUCACUUUCAGAAAAGGACAGACGAUAGAUAUAACACAUUUUAUAAUUUUGUAUUUGAUUUGUAUGUUGUUUGGCUGCUUGUAUUUUGAAGAAAUGUAUUAAAUGUAAGUACUUUUAUAUCAAAUGUAAAUCAAUAUAAAAUAAAGGGCAAAUUUCCA